UUCUCCUCGGCCUUUCCCUCCGCCUCGUCUCCUCCGCUCGCCGGAAAACCUCCUCCUCCUGGCUGUUGGUCUUCUCCUUACGCGCCUCAUCCGAAAUCCUACCCGUCCUCUCGGUUCGGAGAGAAGGGGCUUUGCUCGGACGCACGCUGCACCGUGAGGGUUUCGGCAUUUGCUUAUUUGCUUCUCCGGCGGACGGUGAAGGACUCUAGACCGGCGCCAGAUUAGUAUGAGAUGGUAGAAGGAAGGUCUUGCUUGUCUAUAGUAGUUAACGAUCAGUUGGAAAUAUUGAAGCAGAGAAGAUCUGACACGUUGAGAGGAACUACCAAUGUUAUCACUUCAUUGUCUAGAAGUGGAGGUGAUGCUUUAAGAACUCCAGCAUCGUAUGGUAAUAGAUUUCAUGGGAAUGUCGAUGUAUUUUCUCAUGUUAGCGAAUCUGCAAAGGAUGCCUUUUCUAAGCGCCAUGUGAAAAAGUUUGAAACAGUGAACUCACAAUGGAUCGAAAAAAUCCCAGAAUGCCCAAUCUUUUACCCUUCAGUUGAGGAGUUCAAGAAUCCCCUUGAUUAUCUUCAACGCAUUUCUCCUGUUGCUUCAAAAUAUGGUAUAUGUAAGAUCAUUUCACCCUUAAGUGCUUCAGUUCCAGCUGGUGCUGUCUUGAUGAAAGAGCUAGCUGGGUUUAAGUUUACUACUAGGGUGCAACCUCUUCGUCUUGCUGAGUGGGCUGCAGAUGAUAUGGUCACCUUCUUCAUGAGUGGAAGAAAAUAUACAUUUCGGGAUUUUGAGAAGAUGGCAAACAAAGAAUUUUCUCGAAAAUUUUCUUGUACUGGAUGUCUCCCAGCUAAGUUUAUUGAAGAGCAAUUUUGGCAUGAAAUUGCAUAUGGCAAGACAGAGAUGGUUGAGUAUGCUUGUGAUAUUGAGGGAAGUGCUUUCUCAUCGUCCCCUAAAGAUCAACUUGGACAGAGCAAUUGGAACUUGAAGAAAAUUUCUCGGUUAUCCAAGUCCAUUUUGCGACAUCUUGCGACUCCCAUUCCAGGUGUAACAGAUCCCAUGCUUUACAUUGGGAUGCUUUUCAGCAUGUUUGCUUGGCAUGCAGAAGAUCAUUAUUUGUAUAGUGUUAGUUACCACCAUUGUGGAGCUUCCAAAACAUGGUAUGGUAUUCCUGGCCAUGCUGCUCCAGAUUUUGAAAAGGUGGUGCAGAAUCAUGUAUAUGAUUCUGAUAUUUUGCAAGGUGAAAGAGAAGAUGCUGCUUUUGAUGUACUUCUUAGGAAGACCACUAUGUUUCCUCCAAAUAUUCUACUAGAACAUAAUGUUCCUGUUUAUAAAGCUGUACAAAAACCUGGAGAAUACAUUAUCACCUUUCCAAGAGCUUAUCAUGCUGGAUUCAGUCACGGAUUCAACUGUGGUGAAGCAGUGAACUUUGCAAUUGGUGAUUGGUUUCCAUUUGGUAAUAUGGCUAGCCAACGAUAUGCACUUCUCAAUCGAAUGCCAUUGCUUCCUCACGAGGAGCUCCUAUGCAGGGAAGCACAAUUUCUUUCCAACAGACUGUCUGCUUCAGAUACCAAAAGCCAUGUCCCCUCAACUGAAGAAUCCAUAUCCCAGCGGAGUGUCAAACUUUCUUUUGUUUACUUAAUGCGUUUCCAGCACUUUGCUCGAUGGACACUGAUGAAGUUAGGAGCCCGUACAUGCAUCAAGUCAGAGAAUGUAUUGUGUAGCAUAUGCAGACGCGACUGCUAUGUUUCUCAUGUUAGAUGUAUUUGCAGCAAGGAUCCAAUUUGUUUCCGCCAUGAGGGCGAGCUCAGAAGUUGCUGUUGUAAAACCAACCGUACAGUAUUUGUGAGGGGAGACAUUCUGGAAUUGGAAACUCUAGCAAGAUCUUUUGAACAGGAGAAUGAUGUAUUUAAUGAAGUUUCAAAGCUGAAUCAGCAAGGCGACCACUGUUACCUAUGGUCAAGGUCUUUCUAUUGUGCUGAAGAUGAUGGAUACUCUCCUUAUUGUGAUAUAAAAGUUGAGGUUAAUUAUCAAUCUACUUCUACGGAUAAUUCUGCUAUCCAUGACGAUGAUGAUUCUGACUCUGAAAUAUUCAGAGUCAAGCGCCGACCUUCGAUAAAAUCGCAGAAAAGAUCUGUUAAUGAUACAUUUUGCACAGGCUAUCAGGGAUACCAGGGGCUAAAACGGUUGAAGAAGCUCCACCCAACAGGAAGGCAUCUUGUCAUUGCAGAUGAUUCUACAUCGUCCGGCUAUGCAAGGAAACACAAAACUUCUCUAGCCAGGGCUUCUCGAGGAAUGGUAGUACCAGAAUACUCCAAAUUCUUAAGUGAUCCUUCAUCACUUUGCAUCAUGAAACCGAAACUGAAACUGAAUCAAAACAAGGCAGUUGCUGAUUCACCAUCCUCUGAGCCCGGUCCACCACGCUUAAAAGUCAGAAGGCCACCUUCCGGCAAUGGUUCCAGCAGCGAAGACACUGCUAGCAGCCGUGCUUUCUCAAGUAUAGUAAGAAAGAAAGAAAACCUGAGGCUCGACCAACAAAGUAGCAAAUUCAAACCUAGAACAGAUCUAAUAUCCAACUCUAUUUGAAGCUGCUGCUCCAGCAUUAUAGCAAAGGCUCAACCAACAUGUCAACAAAUUAACACCUGCAGCAGAUCAAUUUACAUGACUGAUUCUUUUGUGCAGACCUCCAAAGGAAGGUGAUGGCACAGUUGAUCUUGAUUCUUCUCAACCACAAGACUACUUUUGGGGUUGGGUCAAAAAAAGUAUUUGCUAAUGUAAACAUUUACCUUUUAUUCUUUUAUGUGAUUUAGCAGUGGCUGAGGAUCGGUUAAACUGAAUAAAUAUUGUUCUUUUCUGGGUAAUCAACGAUAGAACAGUCACUGAACAUUAUUGACAAAGCAAGAAUUUUUUAUAGCAUGAUUGAUUUUUGGUUC